CAGAAAUCAUGGAAUUUGUUUUUUUACUCGAAACUCUCUCGUUUAAGUUGCAGGAAAACACAAAUUAAAAGGAUCAUAGUAUAGUCAGUGUCAGCGAGGUGCCUUGCAGCAGUUUAAACCAAAAAAAAAAAGAAAAAAAAAAGGAUAAAGCAGUGCAGUUGUUAGAGAUGCCAUCGCAUCCUCACGUAUAGAAUCUUAUCUGCGCUUGUUAAUAUGCAUUAACAGCAACAGUUCUAUAUACUAUGUCCACAUAAAGCAAAUGACCCCGAAUCAUUUAAUGCAACGUCCAAACGAAAUACUCAUAUUAACUUCUGAAAAUACUUUUUACUUUGCUGCAUAGUAGUAAUAGACCUGUUCUUUAUUUAUUUAUUUAUUUUACAAUAUUCUCAUUAGGUUUGACGGCUGAUAAGAGUAAAAUUUCACUUGGAUGAUGAGAGAGAAGGAAGGGUCGUUGAAGCACAUGAAAGUAUUCUAUGAUAAAAGGGGUAGAUAUGUAGUUUCGUUAACCAGAGGGCUUUUGCAAAUUUCCUAUCUUUUUAGUCCACAGGUGGUUUCUCUUCAGCUGCGGACUCUGCUCUCUUUUCUCUGCUCUCUCUCUCUCUCUCUCGGUGAAAGACUCGAGUUUGAUAGUGGAAUUCUAACCUUGGAAACUCGUGGAGUAAGAUAUUGAGCUUGUUUUAUGAGAAAAAAAAUCCAAGAAUUUCAAAUUUUCUGCCAUGAAUACCAAAUAACAGCUACAACAGGCCGCCUUCUGGCAAGUGGGUUUUUAGUUCAGUUCCAAAAACUACUGUGCCCUGAAAAGAUUCCUCAGUCAAGCGUUUUGACAGGGACUUGGCAGACUCUGCUGGUAGAUUAUUCUUCAAUGCAAGCAUCACAGCAGCACAGAAGUUCGGGCAUGUCCAGUGGAUUGUACUAUCAACCAGUUCGAGAAGUUGAGGCCUACUGCUUGCCUCAGUUUCGAGCAAUUGACCACCAGCUACACUCCAUUGAUGGGAGCCAAGGGACCCACUUCUUGGCUCAGAAUUCCUAUGAACGGUACUGCACUUUGGAGUCCUCAGCAAAGGGAAAUUAUGCUGUUUAUACUUCCCCAUCAACUGUCAGUUUCUCACCCAAUGGAAGCCCAAUGUCGCAGCAAGAUUCUCAGUCAUGCCCUGCUGACCAGCUUCAUUCCCCUGACAAUACCUAUGGCUCUUCAAUAAGUGGAUCCUGCAUAACUGAUGAAGUAAAUGACUUCAAGAACAAACUGAAAGAACUGGAAACUGUAAUGAUGGGUCCUGAUUGCAAUUUUCUUGACAGCUAUGGUUGUACCUUCCAGAAUGGCACAAGCAAUACCUCACCAGCAAUGGACAGCUGGAGACAAAUAUUGGAGGCAAUUUCCAAUAGGGAUUUGAAUCAUAUUCUCAUUCUCUGUGCAAAAGCAGUAUCGGAGAAUGAUAUGUUAAUGGCACAAUGGUUGAUGGAUGAGUUACGUCAAAUGGUGUCGGUUACUGGUGAACCAAUCCAAAGAUUGGGAGCGUACAUGUUGGAAGGGCUUGUUGCACGGCUGGCCUCCUCAGGAAGUAACAUUUGCCAAUCGUUGAAAUGUAAAGAACCAGCAAGUGCCGAGCUCCUCUCUUAUAUGCAUAUUCUUUAUGAGGUUUGCCCUUACUUUAAAUUUGGCUAUAUGUCUGCCAAUGGAGCCAUUGCAGAAGCCAUGAAGGAUGAAAACAGAGUUCACAUCAUUGAUUUCCAAAUUGCUCAGGGGAGUCAAUGGUUGACUUUAAUCCAGGCUUUUGCUGCUAGGCCUGGUGGACCACCCCACAUCCGCAUAACAGGUAUAGACGAUUCCAUGUCAGCUUAUGCUCGUGGAGGAGGACUAAGUAUUGUGGGAAAGCGACUAUCUAACUUUGCAAAGUCCUUUAAGGUGCCAUUUGAGUUCCAUGCUGCAGCAAUGUCCGGUUGUCAGGUUCAGCUAGGGAAUCUUGGGGUUCGAUCUGGGGAAGCUCUUGCUGUGAACUUUGCUUUCAUGCUACACCAUAUGCCCGACGAGAGUGUCAGCACUCAAAAUCACAGGGACAGGAUACUGAGAUUGGUCAAGAGCCUGUCUCCAAAGGUGGUGACGCUUGUUGAGCAAGAAUCCAACACAAAUACUGCCGCAUUCUAUCCACGGUUCCUUGAAACACUGAACUACUACACAGCUAUGUUUGAGUCGAUCAAUGUGACUCUUCCGAGGCAGAGUAAGAAGCGGAUCAAUGUGGAGCAGCACUGCUUGGCAAGGGAGGUGGUUAAUAUAAUAGCUUGUGAGGGGCCUGAUAGGGUGGAACGGCAUGAGCUUCUUGGUAAGUGGAGGUCACGGUUCAAAAUGGCUGGAUUUACUCCAUACCCUUUAAGCUCCUUGGUGAAUGCCACCAUUAAAACGCUGUUGGAGAACUAUUGCGACAAAUAUAGGCUUGAAGAAAGAGAUGAAGCUCUUUAUCUUGGUUGGAUGAACAGAGAUUUGGUUGCUUCUUGUGCAUGGAAGUGAAAACUGGCACCGGUAGAUGCCAUAUCUUAGGAUUGGAGCAAAAAGCGGAGGUAGAACAUGUAGUUUUGGUCCCUUUUUUAUUUUGUAAGCUGCUGACUGUUAUGAAGAAGGUGCCUUCCUGUGUGUACCUAUUAUUAUAGAUCAACCUUGGCCAUUAAAAAAAUACCUUGGCCAUUUUCAUCGAGACCAUUUCGAAGUCCUGAACUUUCUUGGUUGCGGGUUGAGAGAGAAACCAAUUUCCGGUGAGAUUGCGUGUUCCUGAUGGGAUUUACUUUGAGUAAUUUGACAUAAAUGUUAUAUUCCAAGAA